AACCGAGCACCGUCAAGCAGAAGAAGCGAUGGGAGAACGACAGCGACGGCCAAUGAGGAGGUCCUCAUCGGUCGGGGAUUGCCUGGUGUUGGACCAAGUGGCCAACUUCCGCGACCUGUCCGAGGUUGCCCCGGCCAUCAAGCCCAACACAGUGUACCGAUCUGCAACACCAAGUCAAGCUUCAGAACAGGACCUGGAAAUCUUGAUCCACCGCCUGGGCAUCAUGACGGUGGUGGACUUUCGGGAAAUUGACGAAGCAGAGCGCGACGAUGGUGAUCGCGUCAUUGUCAAGCAGUUUCCAGAGGCUGCAAAGCGCCACCACCGCCGCGGCCUUCGCGAGCGCAUGUCUCGUCGCUUCCGCAACUCCCACCGCUCCCGGCACGCGCACACACCCCACCUCUCCACAAGCAGCGACGCGGACCACGACCAGGAACAACACCAGCAGCAGCAACAGCACCAGCAACAACAACAACAGGAUGAUAAGAGCUUGCGGAAAGCGCGCAGUGUUGAUAGUCAUGACGAUGACGACGGCGAUGGUAACGACAACACCCAUGGAGAUGCGGACGGCCACGAUCCCAAGGACAUCUCUGUUGAAGAGCUGACGGCGUCGCAGCGGCGGCUUGUGCGGCUGCCGUAUGUCCCGCGCAGCAAGAUGAAGGGCGUGGUGAUGAAGAUGCUCAGUGCAAAGCAGAUGGCCAAGAUGGGCAUGUACUACAUGGCUGGCGCCGUCCUCUUCAAGCCAUCCUACUUUUCCCGCGCAAAGGGAUCGGGUUUUAGCCGACACCCCGACGUGCGCAACCACCCGAUUGUGAUCCACUGCUCGCACGGCAAAGACCGGACGGGUCUGAGCGCAGCGCUGAUCAUGGGCGCCGUCGGUGUUCCGCGCAACGAGAUUGUGCUCGACUACUCGCUCUCCGACGAAUACGGCAGCAGCGAGGAGGGCAGGGGCAGGUUUGCGAGUGAGGCGCCCCAGCUUGACCCGGAGGAGUGGGCGCGGGCCAAACCGGAAACCAUGGAGAAGACCCUCGACUACAUUGACGAAACCUACGGGUCCAUUGCAGCCUAUCUGGAGCACAUUGGGUUUGAUCUGCAGUGGCAGGCGACCCUCCGUGACGCUCUGCUCAUGUCAAAGCACGAGCAGCCAUCGACGCUGUUGCGCAAGCUCCGCGUUGGCAGCUCACGCUAUCGUUCACCGCGCUCCCCUCUCGACCUCUCGCAGUCGCAGACGAGCGACUUUGACAUCCCAGAAGGCGACGAGUGCGACGGCAACAACGGUCACGCCAACGCAGGUGCAGUGGACAGCAACCGGCUGUCGCCCGUGAGCGCUGCGAGGACGAUGGAGUUUCCCGGAGGUUCCCAGUCGGUGCAGACGCCGCACACGGACGGACGGGCCAGUGCGCCCCCACUUUUGAAUCCGCAGGCUGCGAUGGCUGCUGACCAGGACACGCGCGCCUCCAUGCAGCCAUCGUCGUCGUCAUCAUCGUCCAUGGCAACCAUCACGCCAACGGCACCCAGCACCGACAAGGCGACGGACACAGCCGUGAGGAACACAACUGCACCACCACCAUCAGCAGCAGUGCACGCAGACGGAAACACGAACCGCCACCACGCUCCCCUCGUCAGCGUCACCAGCGCGGAUGAUGAUGAUGAUGAUGAAGGUGAUGUUGGUGGUGAUGGUGAUGAUGGUGAUGGUAGUAAUGAGCUUUCAGGGGCUAGGUGCGAUCAAGUGUAACAAGAGCUGCUUGUAUUUGCCCUGUUGCUGCUGCUGUUGUGUUUUUCGUUUUAUUUUGAGACUGCACAACGAGUUGCCUGUUGUGCGUGUGCGUUUAUGUUGAGCCGUGUUGAUUCCUGAUGAUCAUGCUUUGCGUUGAUCAUUGCAGUGACGCGUUUUGACAAAGACAUGUG